CUCCCAAUGUUUCAGCGUGUUCGCUUCUAUAGAGCACUGAGAGAGUGUGCAUGGUGCAGUGUUUCCCUCUGCCUGCAGUCUGUUCUUCACAUUUUAAUGCAUUGUUGAGUUCUUUGACAGCUGAAAAAACCUGGAGUUAAAGCAACAAGAAGCUACUUUUUGAGAGGAAUUAUGAGACACGUGGAGCUGUGAUUUUGUUUACCAAUUGACAGCUGACAAGUCAGGAGGAGAUGGAGAACAAGGCGAUGUAUCUGAGCACGUAUGAAGAGAGAGAGAGUGGCUCCAUGUAUGAAGAGGCCUACGAUGGACACAACUUGUCCAAGCUCAACCUGUGUGAUGAAGGUUCUGGAAAGCGUCGCAGGAAGCAGGAUCAGUGCUGUGCUCACCUGAACUCCCUCUCUGCCAUCAAGUACGCCAUCGUCUCCCUCUACAUCCUGGUACUUCUCACCAUCUUCGGACUCUGCUUGGCAGUCUCUCGUUCCCAGGUUUCCUCUCAGCACCAGCAGGUUCUGAUGGAGAACGUGACCCGGAUGUCGGAGCGCUCUCAGCGGCUGCAGCAGACUCUGGGCGAGCCGUCCACCCAGGCCGACCUGCUGGAGAACAUCUGGAAACUGGAGAACCUCUUCCAGAACCACAGCGACUGGCUGCAGAGGCUGGAGAUCCUCAUCAAGGGCCUGGAGGUGGAGCUGAGGAACCUCCAGUCUAACUCCCUUCAGUCGGAGGGCUACCUGGUGCAGCUGGACGACAGGUUGUCCUCCCUGAGCAGCUCCACCGGGAGGAACCUGACGAGCCUCAGUGUGGAGGUGACCCGAGCCUCCACCUGGCUCCACGACCAGGACCUCUUGUUCAGGGAAGCCUCAGGUCAGGUGAGCUGGCUGAGAGAGAAACUGGACGAGGUCAACUGGACGGUGGGAGCUGUCAAUCACACCUUCAGCAAUGACAUCAGUAUUCAUCACCUGAAGAUACAAGACUUACAGAUCCAGAUCAGCAACAUCACAGAGGACACCAGCAGCCUUUGGGUGACCCACGUCCACACGGAGGCCGAGCUGAGGAACGAGAUGGAGAUCCUGAACACCAUCACAGAGGACCUGCGUCUGAAGGACUGGGAGCACUCCCUGGCUCUGAAGAACUUCACCAUAUUCGAAGGUCCUCCGGGUCCAAAGGGAGAUAAGGGAGAUCCUGGGAAGGUAGGACCCCCCGGGGCUCCUGGGCUGACAGGAUUGAGAGGGUUCACCGGAGAAAAAGGGAUGAUGGGCAGCCGGGGAAUUAAAGGGUCUGUCGGAGUCGACGGUUUUCAGGGAGAGAAAGGAGACAUCGGACAACCUGGUCCCAGAGGUGACAGAGGAGAGAGAGGGUUCAGGGGGGAGAAAGGGGAUCGAGGAGACCGGGGAGAUAAAACAGUGGAGGAGACGCUGGUGCGGCUGGUGAACGGGUCGGGUCUUCAUGAAGGUCGCGUGGAGGUUUUCCACGAGGGUCGCUGGGGGACGAUCUGUGACGACGUCUGGGACCAGAAGGACGGAGACGUGGUGUGCCGGAUGCUCAGAUACCGAGGAGCUGCAGAGGUCCAUAAGACAGGACGCUUCGGACAGGGUACCGGUCUGAUCUGGAUGGAUGACGUUGCGUGUGCAGGGACUGAAGACACCAUCCACCAGUGUAAGUUUUCCGGCUGGGGAAAAACCAACUGCGGCCAUGUGGAGGAUGCUGGAGUGACGUGUGCCGUCUAAAACCUUUACGAUCACUUCUGUAGAGGCAAAGUGACCCCCCCCCCAAAAAAGUGCCUUAAACUUUGAAGGAGCUCCAAGAUGCACAACAUUACCCGGAGUGUCACAUUUGCAGAGUGUUUUACGUGCAAAAGACAAUGACACACCUCUACGUUGAACUACAUUUUAUUUAGAAGUUCAUGAUGGGAUUGUUUUAGCAGGACUGAGGGCUAAAGAAAAUGCUAAACUUUUCAAACUGUCAGCGACCGUAUGAGCUGGAGACGAUCGCAUGACAGGACUCUUCAUCAGACUUAUUACAGAGUAUAUCUGUCUUCAAUGAAGGCCAAAGGUCAGCUUUAACAGCGUCUAUCUGCCCCCAGAGGAUCGCAGGGGUCAUGUUUGAUGUUUUGACUUCAAGUGUGGAUUAGAAGCUAAAACAACAACGUCAUCACCCCCGAGUCCUCAUUCGUCUCCAAGGUUCGGAGGAGUUGAAACGGCACAUAAAGAAACUGACAGGACAGAGUCAAUCACAAACUCACUUUCCAUUUACAGGCAGCUACUCUUCACAGUAUUAUAUGGCUGUCAAGCUAUACUAAACACACAGUGUUGCCUUAUUAUUCAUUAUAUAGCAUUUCCUAGGAAGCAAUCUUUUGAUGGUUUGCAGGUCAAAGCUUAAUAGCCACCAUUUACAUCGAGUGUUACUCAAAAAAUGCAUUGUGUGUACCCUUUCUACUUCUUCGUAAAACCUUUGCAAAGCAGGUUAAGUAUGACAUUUUUUAAUCAUGCUUUGUCAACAUCCAGGUUUGUUAUGGAGCGGGCUUCUUCUUCCUUGGCUUUGUUGGCAAAAUGCUAUAUUUUUUGCGCAUUACCGCCAAUAACUGACGAUCAGAAUAACAAACUCAAAUCGGACGCCACUUGUAAAAACAUUAGGGUUACUACGAUCUCGGGCCGAUCAUGGACCAAUGACGGACCAAUCACGACCCUCGCGUUUCAAACUGUCCAAAAUAAAAUGCUCCAUCUGUAGUGGUAAAAUACUCCACAGUGCACCUCUUUUCUAACCUAUAUUUGUACAUGUUAUACACAGAAGUAUUACCUACAGUAAAUCAGUAGAUCUGCAAGCUUAUUGUUUUGGUGUUCUGCUCUCACCAGCAUUAUUUCCGUCUGGAACAGGACUUUCCUUUCUUGUCAUGAAAGCUCUUAUUAACCCACUUUUUGUUUCUUUUCCAGCACAAAUGGAAAGGCUCCAAAAACUUAGUGAAUAGCUAGUAAAUUGAGUGGAACCUUUAGAAGCUCGAGACCAAUUCAGAUCCUUUUCUGAUCGCAUGGUGAAGACCAGAAUAGAGCUAAAAGGAGAAUGAACAAUUGGAUUUACAUCAAUCAGACGUACAAAAUGUAUGUUGGUCUUUGUUUUCUGGAUGUUGUAAUUGCUGGAACAACUUUAUAGAAUAUAUUUUAGGAAGAAUUGAAGCGGCAAAACAAUUAUCGCAGCUUUGAAGUGCAGAUUUAAUCUCAAUAUCUAGACUUCUUUUGUCUUGCAAAUCAGAAAAACAGUGUUUAUUGCGUGCUAUUGUUUUAUUUCUGCAAGCAUGAAGACAAAAUGCAACUAACAAAGGUUUUGGAAAGUGUUAUAGGUCACAGCAGUUGACAGAUGAAGCGAUUAUGAAGACGAGAGAACAGCUGAUUAUAAACAGAUGGGUGCAUGGACGACUGCCUCGUACGAUUUACAGCUUUCAGCGCUCACUGCCAAAAGAUGGGUUGUAUCAGCAUUAAUGCAUAUGUACUGUAUAUGUGCACACACACACACUAAACCAACCGUAACACACACGCUUUUAUGUCUCUCUGAAAGGAUUCAUCUUUAAGGCUGGUACACAUCCCAAGCAUCGUUUCAGUAACUUGAGUCAUGUUUUAUAUUUGAAGGGGGGAACAUUUUUUAGUGCACCUCAAAAUUUGGCAAAACUCACAGGGCUGUAGUUGAAUUCCCUCCGCUCCUAUAGUUUGUAGAGAAAUCUGUCUGUGUAAGCUCUCCUAGUUUAAAUAAAUCAAGAGUUGUCUGGCCCACUUUCUUUUUAUGAAAUUGAAUCCGUGCACAUGAUGUCCAUUUAAGAGGUUGUGUCCAUAUGAGGGAAGGAAACAAUUUUGGAUGUGACUUUUUUGAGGUGGCUGAAGCCAGAAAUCAUACUUUCUCUACCUCAUGCUCAAGUGCCUCGCUGUUUGUCGGGGGUUUCUGUUUUUCAGCAUGACUAUACCGCAAAAGAAAGACAAAUUGAAGAGGGAAAAGAGGGAGAGGGCGUCUGGGGAAAAGGGAAAAUGAGGUGAGAAACCAGACUUAAUAGAUGUAAUGUGUCUCAGAAGACGCUUUAGCAACUCGAAGGGGAAUUGGGGGAUUUCAAAAGUGUAUUGCAAAGCACACAAUGGCUUCUACUAACCAAAAUCAGCUAUAAUACAGUAUGUAAAGUAUUUUCAUGAUGUCUCAAAGUGUUGACUGCCUAUAUAUCCUAGUUGUACCUUUUGUAUUAUGAUUGCACUGAUUUGAAUACAAAUUAGUGCAAAAACGAUUAGUUGAUUUAUCAUUACAUUACAUGUUACUUGUUAGACGCUUUUAUCCAAAGCGACUUACAUACUCAAUACUGUG